GUUAUGAGUUAGUAGGCGCCUAAUGACUCAUUAGUGCUAUGUAAUGUGUUUGCUUUGCGCAUAACUGUAGCCCAGCAGUAGAGAUGAGGCGUUCUCCUCGGACUGAAGUCCCACACCGUAUUUUAGUGUUUGCCUGCGCACUCGGGCAGCCAGGAUCCAAACUUCCGUGUGACUCCACAUCCUGUUUUCCGGGGAGCCGGUAGAGAUCCAGCCCUUCAGCACGCUGCUCUCUUACGUUCCGUCCGUGAGCGGUGAGCUGGCGGCGUCGGAGAUUUGUCCUUCUGCUCGGAUCUUAUCUUUGCUCCAGCUGAGCUCAUUCCAGUCUUUUACGCGCUUUACACAUAUCGGAGUAGUGAAGUCGGACAGCCGGUGCGCAGUCGUCCCCAAAUGGUUUUGUCCUUGCGCUGCGCCCCCGUGGCCAUGGAUUGAUUUCAGUGGUUUUUUUCUCCGACCUCUGCCUCGGCCAAGUUGAGAAAACAGCCUUUUCAACCUGAGGCUCUCUCCUUCCAGCUACAUGUUUCAUCCGGUCACUUUUAAAAGUACCUGGCUCCGGAUGUUUCUACACAUUUUAGGACUUUGAACUUUUUUUUUGUACCUUGUGCAUUUACAGGAGGUGGCCUGGAAUUUUACGGAUUUCUUUUUAAAAGCUUCUCCGGGGUUCCUGAAGCCUGCAAACAUUUAUUUGUGAAAAGUGAUGGCCGAGCGGGGAGCUCUGUCGCUCCUCUCUCUCCUCUGUCUCACCUUUCUCCAAACGGAGACCACCGCAGCAAAGCAUGUCGACAAAGGAUCAGCAGCACAGCCCUUCAGCCCCUUCUGGUUCACAGUUGAGCCCCAGGACAUGCUGGCUAUUCGGGGUAACAUGGCAGUUCUUAACUGCUCAGCCCACAGCGACGCAGCCACACCAGCACGAAUAGAGUGGAAGAAAGACGGCACCUUCUUGAGCCUGGUUUCAGACGAGCGACGACAGAUUCUUCCUGAUGGUGCACUGUUCUUCACCCAUGUGAUCCACUCUAAGCACAAUAAGCCUGACGAGGGCACCUAUCAGUGCGUUGCCACAAUUGACAACCUGGGAUCCAUUUCCAGUCGCACGGCCCGCCUCUCUGUAGCAGGUAAACGAUGAUGAAUGCCCCGGCCAUGUUGAGUGACAUCAUCACAGAGCGCAACAUCUGUGUCUUCAGAAACAUCUGCUGCUCCCAAGCUGCCAGCCCUACUCUCAUAUACAUGAAG